GGGGGAGCUCCCACCUCCGGGUCAGGUGGCUCCAAUGGCCCCACAUUCACCUACACCUUCCGGGGCGACCCCCACGCCAUGUUUGCCGAGUUCUUCGAUGGUCGCAACCCCUUCGACACCUUCUUCGUGCAGCGCAACGGGGAUGACGAGGACGGGGACGACACCUUCACCACCUUCCACGUGGGAGGUUUUGGGAAUGUUAGCUUCCCCCGGAGCCGUGGGGGGCCCGAUGGCGGCUGCCGUAAGCAGGACCCCCCUGUCCUCUACGACCUGAAGGUCUCCCUGGAGGAGAUCUACAGUGGUUGCACCAAGAAGAUGAAGAUCUCCCACAAGCGUCUCAACCCCGAUGGGAAGACGGUGCGGAACGAGGACAAGAUCCUCACCAUUGAGGUGAAGAAGGGUUGGAAAGAGGGCACCAAGAUCACCUUCCCCAAGGAGGGCGACCAGACCCCCAACAACAUCCCCGCCGACGUCGUGUUCGUCCUCAAAGACAAACCCCACGGCGUGUUCCGCCGGGAGGGCUCGGACAUUGUCUACCCAGCAAAGAUCAGCCUCCGUGAGGUGGGUGGGUGGGCAGAACCUGGGGGUCUUGGUGGUGGCAGUGGGGACACCCAGGCUGGGUUGGUCUUGGUGGUGGUGAGGGAAAUAUCAAGGCUGGGGCCCGCGCGGGUGGGCGGACGCAUCCCGGGGGGGGGCCUGCCCUUCCCCCGCUCCCCCGACCAGCGCGGGGACCUGAUCAUCGAGUUUGAGGUCAAGUUCCCCGACAGGAUCCCCCCCUCCUCCAAGACCCUCCUGGAACAGAUCCUGCCUGUCUAG